AUGGCAAGUGGGACAAGUUUCCGCAGUGAUCCAGCAUUAAUUCCCAAACGGGUUGCUCGAUCCGUCUUACCGGCUCUUGCUACUUUUGAACAACUAGGCAAAGUGCACACAGUUUACCAACAUGUUAUUGUCCAACCAGAUAUCAACCUCAAUAACAUCCUGCUUUUCAGCAACGUCAAAUCAGGAGACUUGAUCAAGAUUUAUGAGGGGUAUACAAAGUACCACCUCCAGUCGCUGCCUUACCGUGCCCCCGAAUUCUGGAAAGGGCAGGGGGUUUCUCAUGCGUCCGAAGUAUGGUCUGUUGGGGUUACCCUGGCCCAUUGGGUUCUAGGGCGAACGAUCUUCGGGGCAAAUGACAAAAUAAUCGAGGGACAUACAGAGGCGUGGUGCAUCGCCAAGAUCCAGCGUCUCGUAGGGCAGUUCGAUGUCUGUACAGGUCCCGAGGAUAUAGAGGAGGAAUUCGACGUGGCAGCCCAUCUCUUGGACAUUGAACUGGACGAGACGCGCGGUAAUUCACAAGGCAAACUCAUCAACGUAGGCCCCUUGCGUCGGGAGUUGGAGAGAGUACAGGAUCCGCCCAUCGACCCGGAUCUCAUUGACUUUAUAGAGUCGCUUCUCGUUUUGGAUGAGACAAAGCGGCCAACGGCAGAAGAUGCGUUGCGCCACCCAUUCUUAGCUUGA